CCCCCGCGCGCCCGCCCGUGCCUGCGGCCGCCCGGGACCUCACAGCCCCCGCGCCCGGAGUUCGCAGCGCGCUCCCGACAAGAUGGCGCGGCCGGCCCGGGGAGCGCUUGGGGCCCCGCGCCGCUCGCUCCACCUUCUCCUCCUGUGGCUGCUGCUGCUUCGGCUGGAGCCGGCGACUGCUGCGACCGGCCUGCGGGAGCCCUGCGCGACCAUCUGUACUUGCGCCAGGGACUCGCUGGACUGCGGCGGGCGCGGACUGACGGCGCUGCCCGGAGACCUCCCCUCCUGGACGCGGAGCCUAAACCUGAGUUACAACAAACUCUCUGAGAUUGACCCUGCUGGUUUUGAGGACGUGCCGAAUCUACAGGAAGUGUACCUCAAUAAUAAUGAGUUGACGGCCAUUCCAUCUUUGGGUGCAGCUUCAUUGCAGGUCGUCUCUCUCUUCCUGCAACACAAUAGGAUUCGGAGUGUGGAGGGGAGUCAGCUGAAGGCUUACCUUUCCUUGCAAGUGUUGGAUCUGAGUUGGAACAACAUCACAGAAAUCCGGGGUGCCUGCUUUCCACAUGGGCUGCACAUCAAGGAGCUCAACCUGGCAAGCAACCGGAUUGGCACCCUGGAGUCAGGAGCAUUUGAUGGUCUGUCACGGUCACUGUUGACUCUUCGCCUGAGCAGAAACAGGAUCACCCAGCUUCCUGUGAAAGCAUUCAAGUUACCUAGGCUGACCCAACUGGACCUCAAUCGCAAUCGGAUUCGGCUGAUAGAGGGCCUCACAUUCCAGGGGCUCGACAGUUUGGAGGUGCUGAAGCUUCAGCGAAACAACAUCAGCAAGCUGACAGAUGGGGCCUUCUGGGGGCUGUCCAAGAUGCACGUGCUGCACCUGGAGUACAACAGCCUGGUAGAAGUGAACAGUGGCUCACUGUACGGCCUCACGGCCCUGCACCAGCUCUACCUCAGCAACAAUUCCAUCUCUCGGAUUCACCGCGAUGGCUGGAGCUUCUGCCAGAAGUUGCAUGAGUUGAUUCUGUCCUUCAACAACCUCACGCGGCUGGACGAGGAGAGCCUGGCCGAGCUGAGCAGCUUGAGCGUCCUGCGCCUCAGCCACAAUUCCAUCAGCCACAUCGCAGAAGGCGCCUUCAAGGGACUCAAGAACCUGCGAGUCCUGGAUCUGGACCAUAACGAGAUUGCAGGCACAAUAGAGGACACCAGUGGCGCCUUCUCAGGACUGGACAGCCUCAGCAAGCUGACUCUGUUUGGAAACAAGAUCAAGUCCGUGGCUAAGAGAGCAUUCUCGGGGCUGGAAGGCCUGGAGCACCUGAACCUUGGAGAGAAUGCAAUCAGGUCUGUCCAGUUUGAUGCGUUUGUGAAGAUGAAGAAUCUUAAAGAGCUCCACAUCAGCAGUGAUAGCUUCCUGUGCGACUGCCAGCUGAAGUGGUUACCCCUGUGGUUAAUGGGCAGAAUGCUGCAGACCUUUGUGACAGCCACCUGUGCCCACCCGGAAUCACUGAAGGGUCAGAGCAUUUUCUCUGUGCCACCGGAGAGUUUUGUGUGUGAUGACUUCCCAAAGCCACAGAUCAUCACCCAGCCAGAAACGACCAUGGCUGUGGUGGGAAAGGACAUCCGGUUCACUUGUUCGGCGGCCAGCAGCAGCAGCUCCCCUAUGACCUUUGCCUGGAAGAAGGACAAUGAGGUGUUGGCCAAUGCCGACAUGGAGAACUUCGCCCACGUCCGUGCUCAGGACGGGGAGGUGAUGGAGUACACCACCAUCCUCCACCUCCGUCGUGUCACUUUUGGGCACGAGGGCCGCUACCAGUGUGUCAUCACUAACCACUUUGGCUCCACCUACUCUCACAAGGCCAGGCUCACCGUAAAUGUGCUACCAUCAUUCACCAAAAUGCCCCACGACAUUGCCAUCCGGACUGGCACCAUGGCCCGUCUUGAAUGUGCUGCUACCGGCCAUCCUAACCCCCAGAUUGCCUGGCAAAAGGAUGGGGGCACCGACUUCCCUGCUGCCCGUGAGCGACGCAUGCACGUCAUGCCGGAUGACGAUGUGUUUUUCAUCACUGAUGUGAAAAUUGAUGACAUGGGGGUUUACAGCUGUACUGCCCAGAACUCGGCUGGCUCCAUUUCAGCCAACGCCACCCUGACUGUCUUAGAGACCCCAUCCUUGGUGGUACCCUUGGAAGACCGCAUGGUGUCAGUGGGAGAAACGGUGGCCCUCCAGUGCAAAGCGACCGGGAGCCCUCCGCCCCGCAUCACCUGGCUCAAGGGGGACCGCCCACUCAGCCUCACCGAGCGGCACCACUUCACUCCUGGCAACCAGCUGCUCGUCGUGCAGAACGUGGUGGCAGAGGAUGCCGGCCGAUACACCUGCGAGAUGUCCAAUGCCCUGGGCACAGAGCGUGCUCACAGCCAGCUGACCAUCGUCCCUACCCCUGGCUGCAGGAAGGACGGGACCACCGUGGGCAUCUUCACCAUUGCCGUGGUGUGCAGCAUCGUCCUGACGUCGCUGGUCUGGGUGUGCAUCAUCUACCAAACCAGGAAGAAGAGUGAGGAAUACAGUGUCACCAACACAGAUGAAACCAUCGUGCCACCAGAUGUUCCAAGUUACCUCUCUUCUCAGGGGACCCUUUCUGACCGACCAGAAACUGUGGUCAGGACUGAGGGUGGCCAUCAGGCCAAUGGGCACAUUGAGAGCAAUGGUGUUUGUCCAAGGGACCCAAGUCUCUUUUCAGAGGUUGACACUCACGGCAUCACAUGCAGGCAGCCAAAGCUCUGCGUUGGAUUCACUAAAGAGCCAUGGAAAGUGCCGGACAAAGCCGACGGGCCACCUGGUCCACAUAAGACAGAACACAGUGGCCCAGUUGUCUGUAGUGACUGCAACACUGACAUGGCCAGUUACCCCAAGGAACAAGCCUUCUAUCCUCAGCCUGGGUCCAGAGACAGUACACAGACAAGUAUACUAAGUGGCCAGGAGCCCAGUCCAAGUGACCAAGAAUAUUCUCCACCUCAUCUGAGCAGUGGGACUGUUGAUGGGUCCCACCCCGACUGCAGGGGGUCCCUCUACCCCAGUAACCACGACAGAAUACUGACAUCCUUGAAAAAGCCAGUGGCAUGUCGAGAUGGAAAAGGGGAUUCUUCCUGGACUUUAGCAAGGUUGUAUGACCCAGACUCCACAGACCUACAGCCUUCAUCUGUGUUAACUUCAGGCAAUCCAGAGGUCACAGAAGCUUCCUCAGGCUUUCCUGAUGUCCCCAGUGAAGCCCAGCACUUGCUUGUUUCCAAUGGCCACCUCCCCAAGACAUGUGACUCCAGUCUUGAGUCCACAGCACUGACAGGACAACUCCCUGGGAAAUGGAGGGGGCCACUGUUGUUGGCACCAAAAAGCUAGGCUUUGUCUACCUCAGCUCUUGUCACACCAAUCUCUACAGGAAAGAGAGGUAGGAGAGGCUGUGCGACAGCUUGGGUUCAAGCGUCACUGAUGUGUAUAUAGUUUUCACUUCCAUGUGGAGUACUAGUAGUUCAGAGGCCUUGCAUCUGAAGCACGAACAUGCAAGUGUACAAAAGGCAGAAAGUAUUUGAUACCGUUGUACAUAAGAGUUUUCAGAGAUUUCCUAUAUAUUAUAUAUCUUUUACAGAGGCUAUUUUAAUCUUUAGUGCAUGGUUAACAGAAAAAAAUUACACAAUUUUGACAAUAUUAUUUUUCAUAUCAGGUUGCUGUUUAAUUUUGGCGGGGGGUGGGAAAUAGUUUUGGUGCCUUACUACAUGGCUGGAGUUUUGGGUGUGUUGGGAAGGAGGGAAAGUCCUUGGAUUUGUAUUGCACUUCGUAGGACAGACCCCUAGGCUGCUUUACAUCACAGACCGACUUCAUAUCAGCGCUGCCCAUGGGUGGAUGCUCACGCAGCAGACUUUCCUGUAGCGCUCAGAGGGGCAGAGGUCAUUCACCGUUGCAGUGAGAGACUCUUCCUUUUUAGGUGUAAGUUGUUUCUUUAAGGAAUAGAAGGAGGGUUGUUAAUCCACCACAAGCAACUGAUCGGAACAAUUAAGCAUGCCUUUCUUCCUUCUCUGAAGCUCAUUUGGUGAUAAAAGCAAAUGUGGUCUUGUCAGUAUCAUCCAAUUGUUAUUUGAGGCUUUUCAGUAAGGUAUAGGCUGCUGGUGUUGGUACCUGUGGAUUUUUCAAUAGCAGUCUUUUAGUUCUGCUAAUAUAAUUAAUAUUACAUUGGCCUCGGGGGAUAAAAAGGAUAAAGUCCUUACUUUUCAGGGCUAGCUUAUUUCUACUGAGGAUCCAGAGCAGGCCUGUCCAUGCCAUUCCCUUGCACAGAGGGAAUUGGGCUCGGCCUGUACAAAAUUUAGCCCUUGAUCUGGGUUCUGGGUAUAUUUGCACUUUUGAGACCUAUAACUAACCAUCUUGUGAGUGCCAAUGUGUAAUUCAGUAACAAUUACAUUGAAACAAACAAGGUCCUUAAAACCUCAGAAAGCAAGUUCCUUUAGCCAAAAGGCUGAAGGGAGGCAUUGACAAAAUGGUUACUGAUGUGAAAUUUUACUGUCAGACGUCAUCACUGUUCCAAAAGGUAAAGCACAUGUAGAAUUUUUGUUCUCAACAGUGAACUAAUGUUACUUCCACAAAAUAUGUGAAUUUGCUGCUUCUGAGAGGCAAUGUGAAAGAGGAAGUAUUACUUUUAUGUACAGAGUUAUUUAUUUAUAGAAAUUUUGGUACAAUGUACAUUGAAAAACAUGUAAAAUAUUGAAGUGUCUAACAAAUGGCAUUGAAGUGUCUUUAAUAAAGGUUCAUUUAUAAAUGUUAA